AUGUGGAAAACAAAAAAGGAUAUUGAAGGUGUUUCGGCUUCUUCUAUUCUUACAUUAAAAUCAGUAGUUUCAAAUGAAGAAGCUCAAGUUAAAUCACAGAUAGAAAAAGGUAUUACAUAUUCAAAACCAAGCAAAUCAAUGAGAUUACUCUCUGAUGAUAAUGAUGAUGAUGAUGGUGAUAAAUCAAACAGAGGAGUAUCACAAAGAAAUCAAAAAGAUGUCGAAACUUUUAAUAAAACUGAAGAUGGUGAUUCAGUCAUUGAAAAUAGUUAUAAUAAUUUACUUUUAAAAUCAAAAUUGUAUAAUAAACUAAUGAAUAAAGAUCAAUCAAAAUUUAAUAACAAUUCAAAUAACUACCAAAAUGAUUAUGAAAAUGACAAAUCCUCAUUGGUAGAUUUUCAACAAAAAUAUAUUGAUAAUAAUAAUAAUGACAAUAAUAAAAAUAAUAUUAAUACUUAUAAUGAUAGUUUCAAUAAUUUUAAUAAUCAUGGCAAUAUACAUAGCUCAAGGUUAAUUCCAGGUAUGAGUAAUAAUAAUAAUAUUAAUAAUAAUAUUAAUAAUAAUAAUAAUAAUAAAAAUAUGAUGAUGAUACAUCCAGAAAUUGAAAGAGAAAAUAAACGAAAGUUGUGGGAACAAAAUAUUGAGGAUAAAUUAAAUGAUGAUAGUGAUGACGAUGAUGAAAAUAUAGAGCAAUUAAAAAAACAACAAAAAAUAGAUGAUAUGAAAAGAGAAGAAGAACAAACUAAAUUAAAUAGAGCUAAAGUUAUCAUUGAAAAAGAAUCACAAGAAAAACAAAAACAAAUUAGAUUAGAUCAAAUUAAUAAACAAAAGAAAUUGGCAUUAUUAAAACAAAAAUUAAAAGAAAAACAACAACAACAACAACAACAACAACAACAACAACAACAACAACAACAACAACAACAAGAAAAAUAA